UCUGGAUUCCGGAAGCUCCUUCCCCUGGAGGUGAUCCAGGGGGUCCACCUGCCCUCACCCCUGGGAAUUCAGGAAAGACUUCAGUGAUUUCUCCUCCCACCUUCCAGCUAAGAGAUGGGAAUUGAGGGGACCCCUUCCCCUGGAGGUCCUGCCCCAGAAGCUGCCUGCACAUCCACGCCUGAAAUGCGGCGCUCAGUCCUGGUCAGGAACCCAGGCCACAAAGGCCUGAGACCCGUUUAUGAAGAGCUUGACUCUGAUUCCGAGGACCUAGACCCCAAUCCUGAAGAUCUGGACCCCGUUUCUGAAGACCCAGAGCCUGAUCCUGAAGACCUCAACACUGUCCCGGAAGACGUGGACCCCAGCUAUGAAGAUCUGGAGCCCGUCUCGGAGGAUCUGGACCCCGACGCCGAAGCUCCGGGCUCGGAACCCCAAGAUCCCGACCCCAUGUCCUCGAGUUUCGACCUCGAUCCAGAUGUGAUUGGCCCCGUACCCCUGAUUCUCGAUCCUAACAGCGACACCCUCAGCCCCGGCGAUCCAAACGUGGACCCCAUCUCCCCUGGCCUUACUGCCACCCCCCAGGUCUUGGCCACCAGCCCCGCGGUGCUUCCCGCACCCGCCAGCCCGCCCCGGCCCUUCUCCUGCCCGGAUUGCGGGCGAGCCUUCCGCCGCAGCUCCGGGCUAAGCCAGCAUCGCCGCACCCACAGUGGUGAGAAGCCGUACCGCUGCCCCGACUGCGGGAAGUCCUUCAGCCACGGUGCUACCCUGGCGCAGCACCGUGGCAUCCACACCGGGGCGCGGCCAUACCAGUGCGCGGCCUGCGGCAAGGCCUUCGGCUGGCGCUCCACGCUGCUGAAACAUCGCAGCAGCCACAGCGGGGAGAAGCCGCACCACUGCCCGGUGUGUGGCAAGGCCUUCGGGCACGGCUCGCUCCUGGCGCAGCACCUGCGCACGCACGGCGGCCCGAGGCCCCACAAGUGCCCGGUGUGCGCCAAGGGCUUCGGCCAGGGCUCUGCGCUCCUCAAACACCUGCGCACGCACACGGGCGAGCGGCCCUACCCGUGUCCGCAGUGCGGCAAGGCCUUCGGGCAGAGCUCGGCGCUGCUGCAGCACCAGCGCACACACACGGCGGAACGCCCCUACCGCUGCCCCCACUGCGGCAAAGCCUUUGGGCAGAGCUCCAACUUGCAACACCACCUGCGCAUCCACACGGGCGAGCGGCCCUACGCCUGCCCGCACUGCUCCAAGGCCUUCGGGCAGAGCUCAGCGCUGCUCCAGCACCUGCACGUGCAUUCGGGCGAGCGUCCCUAUCGCUGUCAGCUCUGCGGGAAGGCCUUUGGCCAGGCCUCCAGCCUCACCAAGCACAAACGGGUGCAUGAGGGUGCAGCCGCUGCUGCAGCUGCUGCGGCUGCUGCAGCUGCAGCAGCGGCCGCCGGCCUGGGCCUAGGGCCUGGCCUAAGCCCUGCAUCCAUGAUGAGGCCGGGGCAGGUAUCCCUCCUGGGUUCUGAUGCUGUUUCUGUGCUCGGCUCUGGCUUGGGCCUCAGCUCUGGCACCAGCUCUGGCCGUAGCCCUGACCCUGGCUCUGGGCCGGGCACUCUGCCAGAUCCCAGUUCCAAACCCCUCCCUGGCUCCAGAUCCACCCCCAGCCCUACUCCUGUGGAAUCUUCUGACCCGAAGGCUGGGCACGACGCUGGUCCUGACCUUGUGCCCAGCCCAGACCCUGAUCCUGCACCCAGCCCAGACCCUGAUCCUGUGCCCAGCGCUGAUCCCAACCCUAUGUCCCACCGUGACCCCUGCUCUCCCACUGGUGACACUAUCAGCCCAGCCCUCCCUACUGGCAAGAGUCCACAGUGGGUACAGGAGCAAGGGGCACUGCUGGGGCCUGAUGGCUGAAGGGGACUCGGGCAUCCUUGGGGGCCUGGGGAAGUUGUGUGUUGUGCAGUUAGUAAAAUCCUCCCACUGCCUCCGG